ACAGUUAAUGAAAAGUCUUUGGCUGAAUAACAAGAAAGAACAGAAUCAAAAUCAACUAAGAGAAAAAUAUAAAAAAAUGGGAAAGGAAGCAGAGAAGGUGAGGAAACCUAGGCUUCUAUGCCUCCAUGGAUUUCGAACAAGCGGAGAAAUUCUCAAGAAGCAGGUCCACAAGUGGCCUGAAUCAGUUGUUCAAAAGCUCGAUCUGGUUUUCCUAGACGCGCCUUAUCCUGCCCAAGGCAAAUCGGACGUUGAAGGGAUCUUUGAACCUCCUUAUUACGAAUGGUUCCAGUUCAAUAAGGAAUUUACGGAGUACACGAAUUUUGACGAGUGUCUUGCUUACAUCGAGGAUUUCAUGAUUAAGCACGGACCAUUUGAUGGUCUCUUGGGUUUCUCUCAGGGGGCAAUAUUAUCGGCGGGCCUGCCGGGGCUGCAAGCCAAAGGUGUGGCUCUAACGAAGGUACCAAAAAUAAAGUUCCUUAUAAUAAUCGGAGGGGCUAAGUUUAAAGCAACAUCUGUGGCCGAGAAGGCUUAUGGUUCUCCAAUUCAGUGCCCAUCCCUCCACUUUUUAGGAGAGAUGGACUUCUUGAAGCCAUAUGGAUUGGAGCUCUUAGAAUCAUGCGUAGACAGUGUUGUGGUUAAGCAUCCAAAGGGCCAUACCAUACCAAGACUGGAUGAACAAGGCCUGGAAACCACUACGAGCUUCAUUGAGAAGAUUGAAAAUAUGUUGGCCAAGACAGAAAGUACUGAUAGUCUUAUAGUGUAGUCUGAUAUUGAUAGGCAUCAGAAAGAAUUCACUUUGUUGUAGUUGAUCUAUUUACAUUACCUUGUAACAAUUUAUACUUCCUACAUUGAAAUGUUAUUUUACUAUUCAUUUGAACAUUUUUUUUAAAACAUCCUAAAUGUUAUUUUCGUUGAA